CGUCCUGCUGUGGAUCGGGAUCGGGGUGGGGUUGUGGGACGGUGCUCUGUACCCUCCUGUCCCGUUCCGGCUGUACUUUCUGUUUCACUUCUGUGCCGGACACUGCCCCAGACGGCGGUCGGGAGAGAGUAGACGGCGGACAGCGAGAUGCAGACGACAUCGGGACUCAUCGGCGGUUCUACCGUGCCAGUUACCACCGGGACCACGAUAAUGGCGGUGGAGUUCGAUGGAGGAAUUGUGAUCGCCUCAGACUCCCGGGUCUCGGGGGGAGAAGAGGUGGUUAAUCGUGUGAUGAACAAGCUGACGCCCUUGCACGAGCGUAUCUGCUGUGCUCUGUCCGGCUCUGCGGCCGACGCCCAGGCCAUCGCUGACAUCACUUCCUACCAGCUGGAGCUGCACAGUCUGGAGCUGCAGGAAGAGCCCCGGGUCCGAGCCGCUGCCGCCCUGGUCAGGAACAUCUGCUACAAGUACAAGGAAGAACUGCUGGCACAUCUCAUUGUGGCAGGGUGGGACCGCAGCCACCAGGGUCAGGUGUACGUCACACUGGGCGGGAUGCUCGUCAGGCAGCCCUGCGCAAUCGGGGGCUCUGGGAGCAGCUACAUCUACGGAUACGUGGACGCCAAUUACAGAGCUGGCAUGAGCAGGGAUGAGUGCAAACAGUUCGUAACUAAUGCCAUUGCUUUGGCCAUUAGCCGGGAUGGCUCCAGUGGAGGGGUGAUCUUCCUCAACACCAUUACGGAGAAGGGCGCAGAACACCAGGUCAUACUGCCCAACGAGAUGCCUCGCUUCUACGACGAGUGACGCCCUGCGGUCACCUGACGUCUGACCCGGAGACCCCGUGUUCCAGAGCUUUGUUACCCGGAAACCCGUGGCUCGGAAACGACGGGCGGAGCAGGUCCCAGUGGGUGGGGGAGAUCACGGUUACAACCCACACCCACCCUCAGUAACACAGUCCCUGCUCUCACACACCGGUGGGGGGCAACGGUGACCCAGUACCGGCCCGUGUCACCCAGUGACAGCUCCCGGAGCCGCUGCAGAGCCUGGACUGGAAACCCGAGGUACAGGGUACGGACAGUGACAGGGUUUAAUCAAUAAUAAACGACUCCUUAAUACUGAA